UGUCUCCGCGGAGACCCUUCUCGCUGACUUGGACGCCUUCUACGAGCUGCUCAUCAGGGAAUUCCGACAGCGAGUGUUAAAUGUCACCUGCGUCACCUCCAACAGUUCCGUCUUCUCACCCCGUGAGGAGUCUGUGCGCAGUCUGCGCGCUGACUGGCAUGCCGACGAACGUCUGACCGGACGGUGGCGUUCGCUCAGACAGCGACUCAGCAUCCUCCUUGGUGGCCUCGGUGGU